GAAACGGGGGCGGUUAGGAAGAAAUGUUUGUGUUGCAUAAUAAGUUAGGACAACGAUGGUGUGAAAAUAAGAUGGAAAAAGGGAUUGACAAUAGCAGGAACCAUCGUUUUCACGUUGGAAAUCUUGGUAACACGAUCAAGCUCCUCGAACUGUUGUGCCCCAUUUUCGCUGUUUCCUGAAAGAUUUGCUUGGACUGUCUAAUGAAAAGUCGGACGCUGCCGUAAGGGCCAACGUGUUGCAUCCUUUGUCAAGGUGCCCGUUUAGUGUAUACUUGAUGGCGUUUCAAAUAUCUACCAGUUCUGAAAAGAUGGCAGAUGCUGAACAACCGGAACCAGCGGAGGAUUUUAUCUUUAAGGGGAAAAGAUUGGAUUGCAAAAACAAGAUUUUCGGUAAAGGUUUUUUCUUGUUUGACGGAUAUUGGAAGGAAAAGGAAAAUGCAGGUGCUGAAAAGGAACGCGGGAAAUCGAAGACUUCUAGUCUAAAAAAACAAGUUGCGAUAAGAAGAAUUAAAAAUGAAGACUGCCUUGAUGGGUGGAAAGAUGUGGCCGAUAAGCUCGUCAAGGACAACCUGAAUCACAAUAAUAUCUUACGAGUAUUCGGUUAUGAGGAGGACGUGGCCAAUGGAUGGAGGUAUUUUGCUCUGGAACCGUACAGUGCCACUUUAUACGAAUAUUGCGAUUACAAGUACGAUGGACCGAUGCCAAAUGAAUCGCAAGUUCUUUAUCAAAUUACCAACGGAAUCUUCUAUCUGCAUGGAAAAAGAAUUGUACAUGGCGAUUUAAAUCCAUUAAACGUCGUCAUUGCUGCCCAGUCGCGUCCUGUGCGCAUGAAAAUUUCAGAUUUUGGAUUGAGCAAAUUCAGUUACAGCAAACAGCUGUCGCAGAAGAAGAAAGAAGGAGAAAAACCUUUUGAGAUGGAACUCUGUAUGAGAAAGUAUUGGACACUGUCAGAGGAAACUGACUCCCUGGAAGGCAUCAAAGACGCCACCGAAGAUGUCAUUGCAACUGGAUGCAUUUUGUUUUAUUAUCUAAAGCGUGGCGAACACCUUUUUGGUAAAAACUUUGAGUCAAUCUUGAUAAACCUCAAGGAAAAGAAUCCAGUCAAUUUAAAAAAAUUGGAUGAAAAUCACUUUGCGUACGAGCCCAUCAAAAAUAUGAUAAAUCCCCCAGGAAAAGGAUUCAAUUGGUUACAAAUAGCAAAUGAGGAAUUUAAAGAAGCCCUUUCACGCAAGUCAAGAAUUUCCGUUUCGUUCCAAGUCAACACCAGCAAACUACUUGGUAGCGGAACUUAUGGAUACGUGUAUGAAGGGAAAUUUGAUGGCAAUCGAGUUGCGGUCAAACAAAUGACGACGACAACAUCUCAAAAAGAAAUUAUUCAAAGAGAAAUGAAUACGCACAUAGAAUUGAAUCACGUCAACGUAGUGAAACUCUUGGACGUCGCUGAUUCGGCCGACAAUAAAUUCACGCAUCUGGUUUUGGAAUUGUGUGGCGGUACAUUGACGGAUUAUUGCCAAAAGAAAUACAGCGGACCGAAAUUGCCGCCAGACGAAUUGGUCCUUUAUCAAAUCGCCAAUGGAUUGCAUUACAUCCACUCGAGAAAUUUGGUGCAUCGCGAUAUUAAACCGGAAAACAUCCUCAUUUCAAUGACGUCGCCCGUUCAGAUGAAAGUUUCUGAUUUGUCGUUUGUUAAGAAAACUCGGGAAGAUAUUUUUUCGCAGAGUAAAAUCAGAGGAACUCUUCAGUGGAUGGCACCUGAGAGAAUUAAGGUUUUAAUUGACACUGAAAACAAGUCUGCCGAGCUCCCAGAUGGAACAAUCAAAAGUGACACGUUUUCAUCCGGAUGUGUAUUUUUCUAUUUCCUGACGCGUGGCACACAUCCAUUUGGGAAAAACCAAACCACUGUUCCAGGUAAUAUUUUGGAAAACAAACAGGAGGAAAUGCUACAAGCAAAAUUUGGCGGCAGACGACGUAAACGGAAGAAUCCCUGCUGGUUUGAUUAAGUUGAUUGAGGAUAUGAUUCAAUUUAAAGAAGAGGAUAGAAUCGGAUUGCCUGAGGUCAUGAAACAACUAGCCGCUGUAUUGUACGGGAUGGACAAAAGCAAAUGUCAAUUGAGGCUCGUUGAAGCGUCGUUAGGUGGGAAGUACAUGAUCCGUUCCCACCCCACUGAACUGAUUCUUGCAUGUAUCAAUAGAAAAGAGUUAAUAUUUUACACUGCCGAAAAUUUGGCUAUUCCGUUUUCCAAUUGGAGAAAGAAGAAAGAAGAAGUCACAUUUCAACCUCUAAACUUUGAGAGACUUGUAUCGCUUGUAUCGAGAAUGAUGAUAGAUGAGAUAGAUGAGAGAGUUUGCUGUUGGCUUGAGUGGAAUAUUAACGGGACACAACUAGCUGCUGGAUUUAAUAAAGGUACUGUCGUCGUAUGGAGUUACCCAGAGUGCGAAAUCCUCUUUCAAAAGGAACUUCUGGUUCGUAGACCUAUCGAUGAAAUAAAUUGGAAUCCAACCAGGCCCAACUCAUUUGCUGCUUGUGAAACCUGCAUCGAGAGGCAAAGGCGUUUUUAUUUGGAAUCCUCUGGAAAACGGACAACAGCCGCGACGUCUUUCCGAAGAUACAGACUUACAUAGACUCGCCUUUUCAUCAGACGGUCGAUUUCUUGCAACCGGAGGCAAAAAGAAAUUAAUGAUUUUGUCAGCGGAGGACUGGAUACAAAUAUACAAAGUCAACAUGGAUAUGAAAUAUGGCCCAAGGAAUAUGUCAUUUUUUACCACAAAAUCUACAAACCUUUACGAGAAUAAACUUAUAGUCCAUUAUAUGGAAGGGGGCGGGAGCUUAAUUGAAUGCGCGUUCGAAGAAAGUAACAUUUCUGAUUCGGCCAGUGAAAUACCAACAAAAACCGAUGACGAGGACGACGAUGAAGACUUGGACGCCGAUAGGGAAGACGUUAGUCCUCCAAAACGCCUAGAGGGGUCAUUCCUCAAAAUAGAAACUAGUGAAAAACAGGAUGUCCUGCAAAAGACAACCAUUUAAUAUUUUCGAAAUAAAACAUGCUUCAAUGAUAUUUUUAUCCAAAUGUACUGGGUCCUUCAAACUACGUGUUUGAUUUUUGCAUUCUGAUUGUUUUCACUGCAUCGUGCGUCUAGAUUUGAUUUGAUUUUCAUUUAGAGGUGAAAGAAUCUCACCGAUUGCAAGAGAAAGAAAAUUUCGCAAGCAUUGCGAUUGGUGGAAACUUACGAGUUCGAUUUCCAUCAGCAAAUUGCAUUUUUUUUUUCGUAUUUUUUACGACCUACGAGAUGCUUUUUCAUUUCUUGCCUUCUAGAUGUUAUGUCACAUUGAAAUUGUUUAAUAACGUAAAAAAGGAAAAAAAACCUUGUCGAAUCAGGAAA